AUGGAGAGAUCACAAGAUGGUUGCUUCUACAUCCACCAAGCUAAAAAGAUCCACACCCUUCUGGAAAAAUACCAGCUCAUGGACGUCAAGCCUAGUCACACACCUAUGGACCCCGACUACCUGAAGUUUAGCGGGGACCACGGCUUACUGCCGACCAACGAUCAGUACCGUCAAGCUGUCGGGGAGCUGCUGUACUUGAGCACAACUACGCGACCGGGCAUCGCUUGUGCGAUCGGAAUUCUUUGUCUUCGCGUGAGUAAGCCACGCCAGCAAGACUGGAAUGCCUUGAAGAAGCUACUACGUUACUUGAAGUACAACAGAAGCUUAAAGCUGAAGCUCUCCGGGCAGCCAGGUGUGAGGCUGGAGUGCUACGUGGAUGCGGAUUGGGCAGGAGAUGUGUCAGACCGCAAAUCGACUAGCGGGCACUUCGUCCAGCUGGGAGGCAGUCCCGUCUCCUGCUACACGAGGAAACAGGUGUCUGUAGCAUUGUAA